AUGUCGUCUGAUGUAAACAUGAAAGAUCCAAAGGUACAAGCGGAGUUGUACAUGGCUUCUCAUGGUAUCAAAGAGCUCUUUCAUCGUCUAGGAGCUUUACUCUUAUAUCACCGUCCGUCCAAUCCUCGCGAAUUCCUAUUUCAAUCACUUAAAAAGAUGCAAGAUGCAAAGCAAACGCAACGCCAUAUUCCAUUCUUUGACGAUAAAGAUCUCAAAGCAAUGUUUCUUGCAUUUGAUAUCAAGGAACAAGGAUAUAUCACUUUAGAACAAUAUGAUCAAGCAUUACUGAACUUCGGCAUUGAAACCCCAACGAUUUGCUUACCUGAGUCUGCGACUAUGAUCGGUCAAGCGCUUUUUAUUCGCAGUGUGACACAAGAGCUUAAACAUGCAUCAGCCUCGUUCAUGUAA